CCUCUUGAUGCACUAAUUCGGUGCAGAACAUCGGGGAAUUUAUGCCUUUCCUUCUCCACAUUGACAUGCAAUGAGUUUUCAAUAAAUCCUUCAAUCGAGACACCACAAGUCACUGUAUUUACCAAAAGCAAGCAUAAGAAGGGCCAAAAUCACUUGGCAGUUAUACUUGGUGCAGUUGGAGGAGUCGCACUUGCUCUUUUUGUUAUUUCUUUUUCAGUAUUCUUGUACACGAGGCGAAAGAAAACUGAAGCGACAUACACAGCAAGAUCAGUGUCAGAGAUGCGGAACUGGAAUGCAGCAAAAGUCUUCUCCUACAAAGAAAUCAAAGUGGCUACAAACAACUUUAAGGAGGUUAUAGGCCGUGGUAGUUUUGGAUCUGUUUACCUUGGAAAACUUCCAGAUGGAAAACUAGUUGCUGUGAAAGUGCGGUUCGAUAAAACUCAACUUGGGGUUGAUUCUUUUUUCAAUGAGGUGUCUCUUUUGUCCCAAGUUCGUCAUCAGAAUCUUGUAUCUCUAGAAGGCUUUUGUCACGAAGCAAAGCAGCAGAUACUAGUUUAUGAAUACUUGCCUGGUGGAUCGUUGGCUGAUAACCUUUAUGGUUCAAAUAGUAAAAGAAUAACAUUAAGUUGGGUCCGCAGACUGAAAAUUGCUGUUGAUGCUGCAAAAGGGUUGGACUACUUACACUAUGGGAGUGAGCCACGAGUCAUCCACCGGGAUGUGAAGUCCAGCAACAUACUUUUGGACACAGAGAUGAAUGCUAAGGUCUGUGACUUUGGCCUCUCUAAACAAAUAACCCAAGCUGAUGCAACUCAUGUGACUACUGUUGUCAAGGGCACUGCUGGCUAUCUUGAUCCUGAAUAUUAUUCCACCCAACAAUUGACAGAAAAAAGUGAUGUAUACAGUUUUGGGGUUGUUCUUUUGGAGCUCAUUUGUGGUCGAGAACCAUUAAGUCGCUCUGGAACUCCAGACUCCUUUAAUUUGGUUCUAUGGGCCAAGCCAUACUUGCAGGCAGGAGCAUUUGAGAUAGUGGAUGAGAGCUUGAAGGGAAGCUUUGAUGUCGAGAGCAUGAGAAGGGCAGCUUUGAUUGCUUCAAGGUCUGUAGAGAGGGAUGCAUCGCGAAGGCCUAACAUUGCUGCAGUAUUGGCAGAGCUGAAAGAAUCCUACAGCAUUCAGCUCUCAUAUCUUGCUUGUGGUGGACUUCUAAAUUGAUAUAUCCAAUCGGUAAUGUGAAAGUUAUAUGUCAAUUUAUAUUUUCUAUAUGGUUGUUUUCCUUAUGUAUAUGUAAAAAGUAAGCUGCUCUUAAUAGAGGUGUGAGGUAUAAUUUACCUUGUAAAAUGUUUUUGAGUUGAUAUUUAAUUAAUUUAUAUUACGCUGGUUGUCAGUUACUUAACACAACUCUGUUUCUUUAUUGGAGCUUAAGACCGG